CCUUUGGGUGCCGCGCUGUGCCGGUCCCGGGGCGUUGGGUCUGCGCACAUCCUCAGCUCUGGGUCAAAGUCCGCGGUUCCCUCUCGUUCGCCCCGGCGGCGGAUGGGAGUCGCGUUCAGCGGGGCGGUGCGACCUCGGUGAUGCUCAGGCGGCAUUUCACCAGCGGCAGAGCCCGUGGCCGCCUCAGCCAGCGGCUGGCAGGGCAGUUCCUGGUUCUUGCAAGAUCACCGCGGGGGUUGGCACACGGUUCCUUGGCUCUGCCUUUCCCGUCUGCGUCCAAUUCUUUCUAAGAAACUCGAGGCUGGAGCUGCGGGUUCUGCCCAGGCCUCCUGAGCUGGGUAGUGCAUCAGCAUAGAGAAAUUAGUUUCUCUAAUUGGCCGUUUAGAUGCUAAUUUGCUUCUCGGAGCCCUGUGCCAGGUCAGGCUGCUCCAGAACGUGAGUCAAAGAGCUGAGCAGCAUGAAUUAUGCACCAAGCAAAGCACCUGCAGGGCUCAGGCUGGAUGGGUACGGAUGGACCCACGUUGCAGACCCACCUGGCUGCCCUCCCCUGCACUGCGGGCUGCAGGAUGAGUGGAUCUGCUUGGGCAGAGCCUGCUCCUUUGUGGCUCACCACGUAUCAAGCAGCCACGUUAAUGGGUGCCUCUCAUUAAUACAGGCUCGUUGGUGCCGUGUGCCGGUUUUCCUGUAGAGCUGAUUUUAUCUUCCCCCUCCCAGGACUGGCAUGGACCUGCAGGGCAUUUUGCUUUGUAAUGUCUUUAAUAAGCGCCGUCUUAAUGCAGUUGGGCUUCUGCCAUUGCUGCCGUGCCUGGGGAGCAGCUGCGGGGCAUGGAACCUUCUGUUUUAUUCCCCAUGUGCUCUGUUUGGAGGUGUCCCAGGGCCGUGGGGAUGUGGCACUGAGGGAUGUGAUCAGUGGGCACGGUGGGGGUUGGACUCGAGGGUCUCAGGGGUCUUUUCCAGCCUUAAAGAUUCCACUGUUCUGUGUUGUAUGAGCAGCAAAGCCCUGAUUGAGGCUGGUGCUUGUUUGGGCACAGUCACACCACUCAUUGCCUUCAAACAGCCUCAUGUCCUGCAAAGGAGCCUUCCUGCACCCAUGGAGCCCGGUGCCCUUAUCUCUCUCAUUUCUCCUCUGUCAUAGCAACUGGAACGAAUGCUCGCUCAGUUGCUAAGGUUAUGGGGAUAAUGGGGUCUGGUGCCGGAGCAGAGAGUAAUUGCAGCACGUCUUUGCGGGAGUGGCUGGAAGGGAUGUGGGGCUGGGAUGGCUCUGAUGUGUGUGGUGGUCCUGGGGGAAGCCGUGAGCUCGAAGCAGGAGAGGUAAUUACAGCAGCUGGGGAGCAGGAGCUCAGCUCUGUGCCACUGCUUCGUUUUUGUUUCAUUUUAAAGUAUUUAAAAGAAAAAAUAAUUGCCUAAUUAAUUUCCUAUAAAAACAAAUUAAAACAGAUUGCGAGCUGCUUAGCUGAAAUAACCAGGCCGUGAAAACUAGCUGGGGAGCUCUUGAUGGGUCUGUGGAGGGCAUUGUGGUGUUUGCAGGGCUGUGAGGAAUUCAUGCUUUGUGGGCACCCGCAGGCAGCUCAAUGUCAGCAAAACCUUUCGGCUUUAACUGUGAUGUAGUCACCGUUUGAGGAGGAGGAUGUGAACCUGGAGCAUCCCUCAGGGCUGCCCAGCAGGAAGAGACUUCCAGUUCUACACUGCAGGGUUGUCACCAGCACAGCCCUGCUUCUGCUUCCCCUCUGCUCCCUGUUGGAGCUGCAGAGUGGUGUGGUUCCACAUUCCCCCUCCCCUCAUGCUGCUGGCUCACUGCUGAGCACAGCCAGGUGCACACAGCUUUAAUGAGGAUUUGUUCCGCCUGAUUUCUUCCAUCAUAGGGAAAGGAGCAAACAGGUGGAGGGCUGUUCAGCAGGUCACAGGAUGAUGGGAAGGAAAGAAUGCAGACCAUGGAGACGACUCCUCAGCCUGGUGUGGUUCUGCUAUCAGUGUUUCUGAUUAGGCUGAUUGUGCUGCACUCCAUGUCCUGGACAGAGAUAAGAGGGAGGAUGCUCUGUGCUGUCCCCAUUCUGGUGUCAGCAGUCCUGUGGCUGUGUGUGUUCCUUUCUUUCCAACCCCGUUGCUGUUCCUGUUCCCCCCCAGCAGAGCCUGCAGUCCCAUAGUGUUCUCAUUUCCUCCACUGAGGCACUUGCAUCCAACUGGGCAUCUCACAGAGGCAAAGUGCAGAGCCAGCAACAUUUUGACUUUGCCUUCAGCCCCAUUGGAGCAGGUAAAGCUCUGCAGAACAGGGCAGGAUGCAUUCAGCUGUUUCUCACCCUGUGUGCACAGCAACGUGCCUGUCCUGGGGUUGACUUCUAGACAGGCACCCCUAGGUGCUGGGCACUGUGGUGCAUGGGCUGUGCUUUGCUCCAUGUGUGCCUGAGUGGGAGGGCAGGCUGGUUUGGAGCAGCUCUGAGCUCCUGAGGGAGCUGCAGGUGUCCCUGCGCCUUGCAGUGAGUUGAACCAGACAGCCUUAAGGGUCCCUUCCUACAGUUCUGUGAUCUAGAGCUGACCCUUCAGGAUGGGUUGCAUCACGUGCUGUGCAGCCCAGGUCAGCGCUCUGUGCCGGGACUGAUUGCAGCACAGGGUUGGAUCGAUCUGCACGAGCUGCUGCUGCUAUAAAAGGGCCAAGGCUGUGUGUGCUGCAGGGCUCUGUGCCUGGCACGGAAGCUCAGUGUCAGCAGCAGGCGUGGGUGCAGGCGCAGAGCCACAGCGCCGGGUGAGUGUGCUGUGAAUCGAGGCUGGAACAUGUGUUUUCUUGGGAAUUACGGCGCGGUUGGCAGGUGGUGGGACUCGCUGCUGUUGGAUCUGAUGUGUUGUUUGCCAAACAGCAUUAAGCGCGUUAUCUCUGCUCAGCAGGUAUGGUUUCAAAGCUGGCAUGUGUCUGUUCUGGGGAAGGUAAGUAUUAAUACCUGGAAAUGUAUGCGUUAGGGAGCUGAUCCAGUGGGAGGAAGGCUCGGUGCAUCGCAGUGCCUGUGCUGAAAUCUGCCGGCUGCCCUUCUGGGUGCCGGUGCGAGCGCAGGAGGAGCGCUGCUGGGAGAGGUGCUGCCUGCAGCACAUGCAAACAAGCUGCUAUUGUAGGCUGUGUUAUAAAUAUCUGGCUCUUACAGCGGCAGCUUUGAUGAACGGAGCGACUUGCCACUGUUUGUGCUGAUCGUUGCGUGGGCUUUUGCUUGUUACCCCAAUUAAGGGGUGAAAACCCAGCAAGCGCCGCGUCCUCCUGUCCUUCAGAGCCACCGCAGUGCUGGGGCUCCGGAGGUGACGGGGCAGAGAUCGUAGCAAACAACACUUUUCUCUGGCUUUGAAAUGAAAAAUGGCAGCGGAUCUGACAGCCCGUGGCCUUUUGCAGAGCGCUAUAAAAUCUCAGCUCCCAGCUUUGUCUGGGUGCAGCGUUAGGAGCUAUUUAUUGGUGCGUAUUUCAUGGAGAUGAUGGCAUGCUUUUAUUGCUGUCUGCGGGCGUGUGACGCCAGCGGGUCGCCUCUGGGACAUCGCUUUGGGACGGCUGUGCCUCACGGUGCUUUGUCUCCUUCCAGGUGUGCCAUGGCCGACACGAUUUUUGGCAGUGGGACCGGCCCCUGGGUGUGCCCCAAUGACCGGCAGCUGGCUCUGCGUGCCAAGCUCCAGACAGGCUGGUCAGUGCACACGUUCCAGACAGAGAAGCAGAGGAAGAUGCAGGCUCUGAGCCCGCAGGAGCUCGAGGUCAUUCUGGAAGUCAUCCGCAAGGCAGAGAAGCUGGACGUUGUGGAGCAGCAGCGCAUCGGGCGCCUGGUGGAGCGGCUGGAGAACAUGAGGAAGAACGCGAUGGGCAAUGGCCUGUCGCAGUGCUUGCUGUGCAGUGAGCUGCUGGGGCUGCUGGGGAGCACGUCAGUUUUCUGCCAGGAUUGCAAAAAGAAAGUUUGCACCAAAUGUGGCAUCGAAACCUUUGGAGCCCAGAAACGUCCCCUUUGGCUGUGCAAGAUCUGCAGUGAACAAAGAGAGGUCUGGAAGAGGUCCGGCGCGUGGUUUUACAAAGGGCUGCCCAAGUACAUCGCACCUCUGAAGAGCAGCAGCAGAGCUGGUGAGGUGCCCUCGCAGCCCUGGCAGAGCGAGGCUGCUGUGCUGGAGGCAGGGAGCCUGGCGACGGGUCGCUCCUUCACCUGGGCCAGGGGCAAAGUGGUUUCUAGCGACAGCGACUCGGAGCUCAGCUCUUCCAGCCAGGAGGACAGGCCCUCAUCUGCAGGGUCAAAAGACUCUCCAGGAGGAAAGCAGCAAGCAGGACAGGUGCUUUCCAGGGAGCCUGGCCAUCCCAUGAAGGUGUCUGGGAGCCACAGCAGUGCAGGCAGCGGGCAGGGAGAGAGCUGCCAUAGUGACCAGGCAGCAGAUGGGCACGACAGCAGCGGCGGCAGAGGCCCAGGUAAACGGCGCACCCACAGCAGAACCCGCUGUUGACAGAGGUGAAGAUGAAACUGAGCUGCCUGAACCCAACUCUUGCCCUCUCCUGUAGGCCUCACUAUGGACAUUGCCUGGUGCCAAUGGGGACUUCCAUGAGGCCAGCCCUGCUUCUGGUUUGGCAUGGUGAAGUUUGCAGUGAGCCCACUGGUCAUCAUGCCCUGCACUGUGGGCAAUGCAGCAGGACCAGGAGCAGUGCAAGCACUGCAGCUCUGGGUGGGAGAAACCCCCCCCCCCCCAAACACCCACGGCUGGCUGCCCAAAUCAGCUAAAAGCUUUCCAAUUACUUUAUCUCAUUAAGCUCUGCAGAUUCUCCUCCCACGUGCACACCUUGUAAUCUCCUGCGCAAACAGGGGCCUGCGUUGUGCCUUUUUCCUGGAAGUCUCCAGCAUCUGGCUGUAGUGAUGGUGUCACAGUGAGUCAGGCUGAGAGCUCUGCCCCAGUCCUGCUGCUUCCCUGGGACGGACAAUUUCCCUCUGAGUCCUGGCUGAUGAGAAAAAUCAAAUUACCUGACAUUUCUAGAGCAAUUAGAUCUUUAAAGGCUUGAACAAAAGCUCACUCUCUGCAAGUAGGAGUUAUGAAAUGCUUUCAAUCUGACCCGUGCCUUGCUGAAGAUACGAAGGAUUCCAAAAAGUUCCCUCUUCAGUCAUGGAUUUAAAAACAAUUCAUGCCUGUUAAUGUCAACCUGUUCCCUUGGUUAUUAUUCUUUUGUUCAGUGUUCCUUUGCUGCUGGGCUCUUCGUGUGCAUGUAGUGUAUGCUCUUACAAAUGGCUGCAGUAUGAAGAUAAAUGAGAUCGGGUGCUGGAAUACUCUAACAGGAGAUUGGAAAUCAAUCCUUGACUUUCUUUCUAAGUGAAUAUGGUCCAGCAGAGCACUCUUCCCCUACUGCUUUUCCAGCUCAUGUUGCUGGGAAAGUCCUUUCAACUGUUCUUCCAUUAUGCUUCUGCUCUUUGGUAAAUGAAAGCAAAGCCUUUGGGUGACACAGAUCCUGCCCCCAGGUUCCUGUUUUCAAGUUCUCCUUUCCCUUUGUUGCAAUUCUCUUUGUUGUAUUCUGUAGCUCUGGUUGGAAUAUUAUCCUAAAGCUGCACCAGUUGAUGUCUUUUCACUUGGCUCAAAGAGGGCAAGAAGGGCUCAGUGCAUGGUGCUCAGUCUACUCUGGCUGUGUUGCUUUUAUUGUUUUGUUGUCCUCCUCAUCCCCCUCCCUUACAACUUUUAUGUAGUGUUUUACUACUGGAAACAAUAAAAUUUUGGCUCUGGAACAA